AUGCCGCCAAUUAUUUAUUGUACGGUAUUUUUAUUAUUAAUUAAUUUUUACAUUGAACCAACAACAUGUGCUAUGCCUGCAUAUAUACAAAAUCUUGAACUUGAUGAUAUCACAUCUUUGUGGGAUAAAUUUCCAAUAAUAAUUGAUAAAAUCAAAGAAGCUGUCAAUCGUUUUCGUUGUCCAAAAGGAUGGCGACGUUUAGGUGGUUCUUGUUAUUAUUUAUCGAAUACAACAUCAACGCCUACUGAAGCUAAUCAUACAUGUAAUCUACUACAUUCAAAUCAUUCAAAUUUAAUGCAAAUACGUAAUACAGUAGAAUUAUUCUAUGCAGCUCAUGUUUUAACUAAAAAUAAUUUACCAUCAUUAAUGAUUGACAUUGAUCCAAAUUUAUUGAAAGGGAAACAUAUUGCAGAAAUUUUAAUGGAUGAUCAAGGACGAUGGCGACGUAUGAAAGAUAAAUUUACUAAACUUCGUGAUAAAUAUUAUAAAUUAAAAGAAAAAGUUCUUGAUCAAUUAGAUCAAGCUGGUUUACGUAUAUCAAGACGUUCGAAAAAAAUUAAACAUACUGUUAAAAAACAUAAACAAAAAUUAAUUGGUGAUGAUAAUGAAGAACAACAACAGAAUAUAUCGAAUUCGACUAUUUCUAAUACUACAAUUGAAGAAUAUGAAUAUGAUGAUCUUGAUUCAAUAGAUGAUGCUGAUGAAUUUGAAUCUAUUGAAGAUAUUAAAGGAAUAUGUGAUCAAAUAGGAUGGAAUGUUAUUCAUAAUGAUUCGACAAUUUAUCUUCUAACAACUUAUUUAGAAGCGGAUAAUAUUGUAUGUUCAUUGAGCAAUGUUGAACCGGAUAUAGAAUAUGAACAUGCAUGUGAAUAUGUACUCGAUUUUUGCUUUGCAAAUAUUGUAUGUGGCGAACAUGGACGUUGUGUAAAUACAUUAUCAGGUUUCAAGUGUUCCUGCUCAUUUUUAUACGGUGGUCUCCUUUGUGAAAGAGUUUCAAAACAAGGUCAACAAAUUAUAAUUGGACUUGUCAUGAUUUUCUUCAUUUAUGGAUUAUCAUUCAAACCAAUUCGAUGGCUACUAAUUAAGAUUGUUCGAGCUAUCUCAAAUUGUUGCAAAGCAUAUCUUAAAAUUUAUAAGCACAAUAGACGAAUUAAAAAGCUAAAAAAGAAAGACGAUAAACUAAAAUUAGUAUCUGGUAAUAGAGAAGACGAAAAUGACCAUAAAACUACCAAAGAUGAAAACCUAGAAAUACCAAUUGUUGUUCAAGAGCGUCGUCAAACACUUCAUGAGCAAAUUAUGAAUUUUAUUUCACCGCGAAAUAUUGACCCAUUACAAAAUCCUAAUAAACGUGAUCUUGUUCGAUUAUGUUGGGUUGGUGGAUUGAGUGUAUUCUUUCUAUCAAUAUUAUUUAUUGUAACAACAGUAACACAUUUUACUUCAUUUAAAUACGAUAUAACUGAUGAAACAAAAUUAGAAGUAUUAGCUAAUGAUACUAUUCGAUUAGUAGCACAAUGUGAAAAAAUAGCAGAUUAUCGUAUGGGAAAUUUAAUAUUUUUUCCAUUUGCACUUACACUAAUAUUGAUUUUUUCAUGGUCGGUUAAACGUGAAAACCUAUGUUUAUCUGUAUGUGAUGGUCGACCAGGUUUAAUACCACCAAUUGAACCAUUUCGAACAGCAAAUCGUUUUACAACAGCAACAGUUUUUGGAAUACUUGCAUUUGAAGUACUGAAAAUAUUUGAAGAAGUUGCAUUUAGUACAGCAGAUCCAUCACAUCAUGGUGUUCUUAUUGAUUUAGUUCAAGGAAUAGCAGUUGUUAUUCUAGUUGGACUUCGAUAUUAUCCGGUGCUUGCGUCGCUACAAUUGCGUAAUGUCGUUCCACGAUUUUUUAUUUCUCUAUAUAUGUUAGGUGAUAUUGCUUAUACGAUCGUACGAGAAGGAUCAUGUAUGGGAUUUUUACCAUUAUCAAAAUAUUAUUCAGCUGUAGAAGAAGCAAAAUUAAGAAUGGAACUUGGUACAUGGUUUAUAAUUUAUGGUUUAAUAAAAAACACUCCUCAUUUUAUCUUUCUUGCAUAUAUUGGUGCUGAAUUAUGGGUACGUUUUGUAUAUGAUUCGAUCUAUGUACCCUUAAGAAAAAAUCAAAGUAUAUGGAUAUCACCUGUUGCUCAACCCGAUGAAUUUGAAUUUUCAAAAUAUUAUGUUAGAAAAUUAUUUCGACGAAAUAUUGCACUUGCUCAAAUAAACUAUUCAAAAAAAAAGUACAAAAAAAAAGCUAGUAAAACACGUGUCAAAGAUUUUAUUCGUUCAAUUUAUACUUGGGAUGAAGAUUUUCGUUUUACAACAAUGGCAACAUGUACAUAUGCAGUUGCAAUUGUUUUUCUAUAUUAUUUAGCAUGUACAUUCGUUUUUCUAUAUAUAUCAAGAACAACAGGUCAUUUUGCAUUUCUAAGAUUUUAUCUUGAAUCAAUGUUAAAUAUUGAAAUCAAAGGACUUUUUUCAUUAAAAUUAGAAAUAAUUAUGAGUGCAAUUAUUACGGUUAUUAUAUAUGCAUGUCAAUUAUUUGUUGGUAUGAAAAAUUAUAAAUUACAUCGAAAAGAUCUAUAUAAAGGUAUUUAUGAAAAUAUUCCAUCACCUGCGAAUUUUAAACCAAAUGCUAUUGCAUCAAAAUCUGUUCAUUAUUCUGGUUUUCUUGUUGGUUAUAUGGCAUGGGGUUUUGUCAUAUGUUUUCAUUUAAUAUUAUUUAUAUUAACUUUAAUACGAUUUAUUUCUUUACAAAUGCGUUAUAUUGAAGUGGUACUUGCUAUAACUGUACCUGUACUUGUUAUUUAUUUAUUAAAAAUGGGUAGUAUAUCAACAGCUGGAAAAUUUUUAUUCAUUCAAGAUAUGGAUGAAAAACUUAAUUUAAAAAAUCGUAAAACUUAUGCAAUAUUUCUUUAUUUUAAUUUUUUUGCUGAUUGUUUUCUUGGUAUGGCUUCGUGUGUCAUACGUUUAAUUAAAGCAACUUUUCUUAAUGUGGUUUAUAUGGCACGACUUGAUUGUAGUUUUCUUGGACGACCAUUAGAAAAAUUUGAUAUUGGUUUUGCUGCUUAUGUUUCGUAUUUACAUAUGGAAGUUACUCAUACAAAUCCAAUUAUGCUCGCUUUUUGUUAUUCAUUAUAUGAUGAUGUUAUUAAGCGACGACCUAAUCAAUGUUAUGAUGACGAAUGUUGUAUUGCACCAGGUGAACUCGGUGAUGAUGUAGUUGACGUAAGAGCAAAAGUGAAUGUAUCACCACCAACAAUAAAGCGUAAUACAAAUGGAACAUCCUCAAAAAAGACAAAAGUACCUUCACAAAAGAUUGUAUCACCAUCAAAAUCGAAAUUAGAUAGACAAAUUUCAGUUGUUGAUCAGCACGAUGAUGAUGAUGAGCAAGGUCUUUCAAUAAGAGACAUAACACCAAAAAAGAAAUCACCAAGUUCAUCAAUAAGCUCUAAUAGAAAUAGUCAGAAAUCUAAGCAACGAAAAUCAAGUGUCGAUAAUAAUAUUGAUAAAGAACAGAAAGAUGAUGGCAGUCAUUCAUCACCAGAUAUCUCAGCAAUUGCUCGUCUUAUUCCUCAACAUCGACCUAUUUUACCACCA